UGCUCAAUUACCUGUGGCAAAGGAAUGCAGUCUCGUGUUAUUCAAUGCAUGCAUAAGAUCACAGGAAGACAUGGAAAUGAAUGUUUUUCUUCAGAAAAACCUGCCGCGUACAGACCAUGCCAUCUUCAGCCUUGCAAUGAGAAGAUUAAUGUAAAUACUAUAACAUCACCCAGGCUGGCUGCUCUGACUUUCAAGUGCCUGGGAGAUCAGUGGCCUGUGUACUGCCGGGUGAUACGUGAGAAGAACCUCUGUCAGGACAUGCGGUGGUAUCAGCGCUGCUGCGAGACGUGCAGGGACUUCUAUGCCCAAAAGCUGCAGCACAGGAGUUGACCUCUAGCAGGCUGGCUGGCUAACAGCUCUUUGCAAUCACAUUAUUUAUAAACACACACACUAGCAUGUUUUUCAGACCAAAUAUUAUCAGAUUACAUAUAAUUUAAUCAAAUUAAUUAAUUUAUUUUUUUUUUUUGUGCCUGCCAAACAUCCAAUAUGGUGUUUGCUUUGGUUCUACAAACAUUUUGAUUUAUACUAUAUGGCUUCAUAAAUAAUUUUAUAUAAAUAAGUUGGAUCCAGUUUCCAGAAUAAAAAUAAAAAGGGAAAAACAAAAACCAACCAAGAUCUUUAGACUUUAAAAAAAAUUUUUUUAACAAUUUUUUUUUAAGUUAGGGCUGUCUCUAAGGUGCUACUCUCUCCCUGGCGAUACCAUUGAGUUAUCCAGAAUAUAUACUAAUUUAGCCUAAUAGUUUAGUUAUAUAUGGAGAGAUAUCAUUUUUUUUCCUUUGGUAUCCUGAUGCAGAAUUUGCCCAUUUUCUGUAAUCUGCAGGAGAUGUGUAAGCAUAAGAAACCUCAUAGUGUUGAACAGGUUUUUAGAGAAUGUAUUAUGCAUUGGGUUCAGAUUUAGAGAUAUCCAUGGGAAGAAUUCUACUGUAAUUAUAACCUUAUUGUAAUAAUGGAAAAGAAAAGUCUGAAUGGAGACUUUGAUCAUGUUCAUGAACAUGUACUUGAACACAAGUAUUGUAACAAUGAGACACUGUAAUGAUUUACACUGAAUCACCAUUGCACUGUUGAUAUAGUGUAGAGAAUCCGUUAUAGAAAUGGUAACAUCCACAAAAAUGUGUGUUAUUUUAACCUGUUGUCAUUAUAUUUUAGCUUUUUAAAAUAUUUUGAACAAAGAAAGUGUUGAUCCACCCAUUUCCUUGUAUCUUUUUAGCAGAUUUAUAAGAGUAGAGUACUUAGCCUCACAAAUCAUAAUGAGAAGAUAUACUGUUUUUCAGCCUUUUCCCUAGGAACAAGGAAAAACAAAAAGCUUAUAAUACUGUGGUAGUUUCAUUGUGUUUUUCUUUUUAAAAAUUAAAAAGUUUUACAAUUCUGUGAAACGUUUAAAAACCAGUUUAAGGUUUUCUUGUGAGAAAAUAUUGUACAUGAUUCACAUGAUUUCUUAGAUUUUUCAAUAAAAUAUGUGAAACUUCC